CUGUUAAGAUUGCCAGUGAACUCAACUCUCCUGCCCUCCCUGGAGGUCUCAGGUUGCCAAGCAGUGUCUAUGAUGCCUCUGUAGGGCCCUAUGGUGUAUUUAAUCUACCUGUUGCCCAACGAGACCCUCCUCCCGAUAGCACAGAAGAGCCCACCACCCUGGCUUCAGCAACCACAAAUGGUGUUGCAGACAUGACCAUCAAAUUGUUUGGUGGAAGGUUGACGGACCUCAAAGUGCGAGGUGAACUCAACAGGCCAGUUAAAGUGAUUGAUGCACCCAAGUCCUGCAAUUACAGCUUGGUGGAGAGAAGAGACGAGAUCCUCUUCACAGCUCCAUACAGCGCCUGUGAUGUCAAGAUCCUGCAAGUGCAAAGAGAACGGAGGAAGACUACCAAGGCCCCUACAACUGUGGUCUGCACAGCUUCCAGUGUGGUGGUGGAGCUGCCAAAGGAACCUCUAAGACUUGUGAAGGUUCUAGAUAAAUCCAACCAGUGGGUAACUGUCAUUGAUGCUCCCAAGCAUUGCAACUACACCUUGUUGCAGGGAAGUGGAAGGAACUUCUUCAUAGCCCCUUACGCUGCCUGUGAUGUCAGGAUACUGAAUCAAAGCUAUGUUUUGGAAAUAUGGUAUCUGACAACUGGUGGCAAAAAAGGGUAUAUGGUAUUGAAAUGCCCCACCAGUGCUGGAGAACCCACAAAAACCCCAACUACAACCAGGACCACCGGAAGCACUACAAAGACAACUAUGACCACCAGUGGUGGGAAGCCAACUGUGGUCUGCACUGCCUCUAGUAUGGUGGUGGAGCUGUCCAAGGAACCUCUGGUACUAGUAGAGCUUCUAGGUGAGUUGGGCUCUUUGCCCCUAUGUGGAUGA